GCUGCUGGGCCCAAGAUGGACCUGCUGGCGCCGCUCGCUGCCCCGGCCGCGCGCGGCCAACAUGGCGGCGGCGGCGGGCCCGGCCGGCUGCGCAGGGGCCCGGGGUCGACGCUUGGCCCGGACCCGGAACGCCGCCGCCUGCUGCUGCGGCGGGGCCCCGGGGACGGCGGGCCCGGCCCGCGGCGCGGGGAGGCCCCCCGGCCGAGCCCGCCGCCCCCUGCGGACGGCGGCGACUCCUUCGUGGUGCUGCUGGAAGUGGCGCGUGGCGCCGCGGCCGAGGGCCCCGGGCGGCGGGAGGCCGAGCCCGGCCCCGGCCCCGCGGGCCGCCCGCAGCAGGGCCCCGGCCCGGGCGCGGCGCUCGCGGGCGGCAGCCAGGCCCCGCCCGCGCACGGCCCCGAGCCCGCGAGCCCCGCCGCUCCCCGCCGCGCGCCGCCGGGCUACCGCUGCCCCGAGCCGCAGUGCGCGCUGGCCUUCUCUAGGAAGCACCAACUCCGGGUGCACCUGCUGACGCACGGCGGCCUCCGGGCCCGGCGGCCCUUCCAGUGCCCUCUGGACGGCUGCGGCUGGGCCUUCGCCACCUCCUACAAGCUCAAGCGGCACUUGCGGUCGCAUGACAAGCUGCGGCCCUUCGGCUGCCCGGCGGACGGCUGCGGCAAGAAGUUCACUACCGUGUACAACCUCAAGGCACACAUGCGGGGCCACGAGCAGGAGAGCCUGUUCAAGUGCGAGGUGUGCGCCGAGCGCUUCCCCACGCACGCCCGCCUCAGCUCGCACCAGCGCAGCCACUUCGAGCCCGAGCGUCCCUACAAGUGCGACUUCCCCGGCUGUGAGAAGACAUUCAUCACAGUGAGUGCCCUGUUUUCCCAUAACCGAGCCCACUUCAGGGAGCAAGAGCUCUUUUCUUGCUCCUUUCCUGGAUGCAGCAAGCAAUAUGAUAAAGCCUGCCGACUGAAAAUUCACCUGAGAAGUCAUACAGGUGAAAGACCGUUUAUUUGUGACUCUGACAGUUGUGGCUGGACCUUCACCAGCAUGUCCAAACUUCUAAGGCACAAAAGGAAACACGAUGAUGACCGGAGGUUUACCUGCCCUGUGGAAGGCUGUGGGAAGUCAUUCACGAGAGCAGAGCAUCUGAAAGGCCACAGCAUAACCCACCUAGGGACCAAGCCCUUCGAAUGUCCCGUGGAAGGGUGCUGUGCUAGAUUCUCUGCGCGUAGCAGUCUGUACAUUCACUCUAAGAAACACCUGCAGGACGUGGGUGCUCCGAAAAGCCGUUGCCCCAUCUCCAGCUGCAACCGACUCUUCACCUCCAAGCACAGCAUGAAGGCGCAUGUGGUCAGACAGCACAGCCAGCGUCAAGAUCUCUUACCUCAGCUAGAAGUUCCAGGUUCUCUUACGCCCAGCAGUGAACUCAGCAGCCCAGGCCAAAGUGAGCUCUCUAACAUAGAUCUAGCAGCGCUGUUUGCUGACACCCCUGCUAACGGUACUAGUUCUGCAGGCGGGUCAGAUGAGGCUCUAAACUCUGGAAUCCUGACUAUCGAUGUCACUUCUGUGAGCUCCUCUCUUGGAGGGACCCUCCCUGCUAAUAGUAGCUCCUUAGGGCCGAUGGAGCCCCUGGUCCUGGUGGCCCACAGUGAUAUUCCUCCAAGUCUGGACAGCCCUCUUAUCCUUGGGACAGCAGCCACAGUCCUCCAUCCGGGCAGCUUCAGUGUGGAGGACGUGCAGACUGUAAGUGCAGGUGCAUUAGGCUGUCUGGUGGCUCUGCCUGUGAAGAACUUGGCUCAAGACACCCCACCUUUGACCUCCAGCAGUGACUUCUCAGCGUACAUCACCACACCGACCUCUUCAAGCACCCCCCGAGAAAAUGCCAGUGUCCCAGAACUGCUGACUUCAAUCAAGGUGGAGCCGGACUCGCCUCCUUUUCCCGAUGCAGUUGGGCAGCAGGAAGGGUCUGUGUGCUCCGGCCCAGCAGAGAGACAUGGUGCUCAGGAGGACACAGAGCUCAGGGCAUGCUCCGGAACCUUCUAUUUGGAAAGUGGGGGCUCAGCAAGAACUGAUUACCGAGCCAUUCAACUAGCCAAGAAAAAAAAGCAGAAAGGAACUGGGAGCAACGCAGGAGCCUCGGGGUCUACUCAAGGAACAGUAAAAAGUGGCACAAUCAGUCCUCCUCACUUCCACACCAGCCAGAGCAGUAGGUUGUGCGGGAACCUCGUGAUGCCCAGUGGAGGCCUGCCAGGGCCAGCUGCAGCAGCGGGGGCACGGUGUGUGCACGUCCCCUUACUGCAGGAUGACCCCUCAGGUGAAGGAGUCUUGCCGUUAGCCCUCAACCUGCAGUCUUCCACCUUGCACCCCUUCUUCGCAGUGGAUCUGCCCGUCUACGUGCUCCAGGAGGUACUUCCCGCAGCUGGAGGCACUGCUGGGCCUGAGGCUGCACAGUUCCCAGGAAGAAACGUCAACCUUCAGGACCUUCAGUGACAGCACCCCAGGCCACGAGAGGCCUGAGGGCCACGUUCCAGGCUGGCUUUCUUGGACUCAGAUGAUGUGGUUUGUGGGCCUGAGGAGACUUCACUUGGUUUGUGCUCAGAAGUUUUGCCUAGUUCUUUAGAGACUUGGGCACAUUUGUUGAAAAUGUUUUCCUUUGUUUUAGUAGGAACCAGUUUGGGUUGUACUCUUUAGAGCUGCUUUUUGGUGAGCAAGGGUCACGGUCAGAAAGGCUCUUGUCCCGUGUGCUGUAAGAUCUGAGCUACGCAUCACUCGUUGCAUUUAAAAAAAAAAAAAAAAAGACUUGUGCAGGAAAUAGGGUAUAGUACUGGCGCCCUAGUCAAAUAUGACUUUAUCUGUAGUAAAACCAAACGUGGUCUUUCAUUGUCAGUGUUUUGUAUUUUGCCUGAAAGAGAUCUGGAAAUUCCAUUCUCCUUUUGUGAGAGCUGGUGCAACAGGCCGUUCGCCAGCACCUUGAUGGUGUUCGUGGGUACAUUGGUUUUGCCACACCAUAGGGCAGAGUGGUCCCAUUGCCACAGCAAAGCCAGAUUCUAAUCUGUGCUCUGGCUUUGGAGGGAGAUGAUGGGGUGAAUGGGGCUAUCAGUGGCCUGUUAGCAAGUCUUCUUCCUAGACCAAAUUUACAGCUCACAGUUUGGGGGCAGUAGAGUUAAAACUUUCAAAAUCAUUCCCCUAAAUUCUGUAUUUGGGUAUUAAUGCUGAAUAGUAAUUUGACAGCAGUUCAUAAAGUGAUGUUCUGGAUACUAUAAA